CUCUCUCUUUUUAUCUCUUGUGUGUCUCUGCCUAUCUUCCUCACCAGUGUCAUUUUGAAGUCCGUCCAUGUGGCUUUAUUUAACUAGCACGUUCAUCGCAACUAGAGAGGAAAGGGAUAAAGGGAAAACAGGAGAAAAACAACUCGACAUAAUAACCACAUGGGCAGAACAUUUAGUACCCUGGAUAUGAGAUGAGAAGGGCGGGUUUAAACUAGGAGGAAUGACCAAGUGACCGAAAUUUCAGCGGGUCAUCGGCCGUUUCGGGAAAGGAACAAAAAAGGAGCGCGAGGAAAUUGUUAACCUGUGAUGCCCACACGCAGAAAUGACCACUGAUCAGGAUAUGACUAUCGAUGGCCAGCCAGCCACAGCCAUGUUUGCUGCAAAGGGCAUUGAUGUGACACCUAGUAAAGACCAAGGAGUCAUCAAGGUUGUAAACCGUCAGGGGCUCGAUGGAGAGCGGCCAAUGAUUGGAGACAGAGUGGUCGUCCACUACACCGGAAAGCUGCUCACUGGGAAGAAGUUUGACAGCAGUCGAGAUCGCAAAGAACCUUUUUUCUUCAAUGUGGGCAAAGGACAAGUCCUCAAGGCCUGGGAUAUUGCUGUGUUGUCCAUGCAGAGAGGUGAGGUGUGCACGUUCCUGUGUAAACCAGAGUACGCUUAUGGAUCUGCUGGAAAUCCUAACAAAAUUCCUCCUAAGUCUUCAGUAGUGUUUGAGAUGGAGCUACUAACGUUUGAAGGAGAGGUUCUCACGGACGAUUCCGGUAUCAUAAGAAGAAUAAAGGUCAAAGGUGACGGUUACACUAAUCCCAAUGAUGGAGCAUGUGUUGAAGUGCACCUAGAGGGAAAGUGUGGUGAUCGACUGUUUGACUGCAGGGAUGUCAGCUUUAAGGUUGGUGAGGCUGAAGAUAAAGGCGUUCCUUUCGGAGUGGACCGAGCCAUGGACAAGAUGCAAAAAGGAGAGUGCUGUUUACUUUACUUAAAACCAAAGUAUGGCUUUGGAAACAGAGGUAAACCCGAAUACAAAAUUGGACCAGACAAAGACAUCAUAUACGAAGUUACCCUAAAAAACUUUCAAAGGGCCAAAGAAUCAUGGGAAAUGGACUUGCCUGAAAAGCUAAAUUUGGCUGUUGGAGUUAAGCAUAAAGGGAAUCAGUAUUUUAAGGCGGGGCUGUACUCCCAGGCAGUCAUCCAGUACCAGCGUAUCGUUUCCUGGCUAGAGAUGGAGUGUGGUUCUGGGUUGGAUCAGCAUAAAAAGAUACAGAAUUUUAUGUUGACAUCACACCUCAACUUAGCGUUGUGUUUCCUGCGUAUAAAAGAGUACUCACAAGUUAUAGAACACUGCAACAAGGCGAUUGAGCUUGAUGAUAACAAUGAGAAGGCUUUGUAUCGUCGAGGGGAGGCCCGUCUCCUUCGUAAUGAAUUCAGCCUUGCCAUGGAAGACUUUCAGCUUGUGCUGCAAGUCAACCCCUCAAAUCGAGCGGCCCGUGCUCAUAUUUCCAUCUGCCAGAGCAAGAUUAAGGAACAUCAUGAACAGGACAAGAUGACCUACGCCAAUAUGUUCCAGAAAUUUGCAGAACGGGACGCCAAGGUUGAGAAGACUAAGAGGAGGCGGGAUGAGAGUGCAAGAAGCUGCAUGAAUGGUGAAUUGGGCAUCAAGCGGCGGCGAAGGAGUCAGGACUGUCCAUCGUAAAAGUGACAUUUGAAAGGGCAAAAGAGAAAGACAUGUCUUCAUUUGCUUUCUAAGCCAAGGGAGUAGAGGCAUGAAUGAAGUCGUAUAAAAGCUUCUAAUCCAUACCUCUUUUCCCAAAAUCCAACGUUACCAUUCCUGCGCAUACUGUAAAGCAGAGUGAAAGCAGAGACGUUUGCAAGCCAAACAGCAUUUGCCUUCCCAUUCUGACGAAUGCUAGGCAUACCUCUCUGUGGAAUUAGUCCUGGAGAAUUAGUGCGGUAACAUUGUUAAAUACUUCUGGCCCCCACCUUUUAUUUAAAAAAAUGUAGUUUAUUUAAAAAAAAAAAAGGAUUUCCAUUGUAUUUGUCAUUAGGCUACUGUGUAAAGUCCACAUGUGCCUCCACAGUGUGUUUCCAAUUCCCAAACUGUACGUGCUGGUUUUCAGACCUCUGGCUUGUAUUUGUUAUUAAGCCUUUUCUUGGGCAGCUGCAUGCAUGCAUCACAUGGUGUUUAGGAUUCAGACUUGACAUUUUUCUAAAUGUGCAAUAUGUAUUUUGGAUAAAAGGUGUAAGGUGUCCCAUCAGCUCAGUGGAAUUUGAAACCGUUCUGUUCAUUGGUUCA